AUGAUGAGCACAAAAUGUUUAGCGGCAGAAUUUAUGAGCACAAAUGAAGCAUUUGAAGUGAAGAAUCGUAAAACGUUAAGCAAUUGGCUGUUUUUACCUUUCAAAUUGAAAGUUACCGUGUUCGGAUGCACAAUAACUCACUCUGGUGAAUGUCAUCAGGAAAAAAUAGAAAAAAAGUUAAAAAAAAUUAAACAAGUAAAAAUUUUAGGCAAAACAAAAGAGCUUAAAAUACAGAAGGAUCGAAAAGGUUUACUUAUACAAAAAUUGAAUCACAGAAAAAUACAAAAUAAUGAAAACUGUUCUAAAUUUUAA